AUGAAAAUAUUUAUUAUUUUUAUUGUAAUAAUAUUAAGUUUAAAUAAUUUAUUAUUAAAUGUCAAUUGUAAUGAAAUUAAGAGUAAAAAGAUUACACAAGCAAUAAGUAAUAGAAUAUUAUAUAGUGAUGAAAGUGGUAAUGGGAGUAAUAUACCCAAAUUAUGGGUAUUUUUUAAUUCAAAGGAUAUAGAUAUCAAUAAAGGAUUGAAUGGUAAAAAUACAUUUAUUGAUAAAACCAAUGGAAAUGAAUUAACAUUUGAUCAUGUUAAAUCAGUUUCAGGUAUAAAUGAUCAAUCAUUAGAUAGAAGAUUAAAUAAUUUAUUAAAUAACAAUAAUAAUAAUAAUAAUAAUAAUGAGUUAUUUAAAAAUCCAAAUUCAAUUAUUCAAUCAAAAAAUCAAUUAAUUGAUGAAACUGAUUUACCAGUUUGCAAUAAAUUCAUUAAUCAAAUUUUAUCAUGUUCAAAUGAAAAUGGUAAGAUUGAUUUAGUUCAAAAAUCGAAAUGGUUAAAUUCAAUUUCAAUUUCAAUUAAGCCAGAUUGUUUAAUAAAUCAACUCGAUUGUAAUAGUAGUGCUAAUAAAAAUAUUCAAGAUAUUAAGAGAAUUAUAAAUUGUAUAUUAGAUAAACCAUUUGUUGAUAGAGUUGAUGUUGUUUCAAAAUUUAAAAAAGAAACUGUUAAACAUGAAGAAACUCUUGAUGUUAAAACUAGUAAUAAUAAUAAUAAUAAUAAUAAUAAAAAUAAAAAUAAAAAUAAUAUUGAUAUUGAUUAUUCUCAAUCGAAAUUUAAUAAUGAUAGAUAUUUAAAUUCAAAAUUAUUUAAACAAGAAAAUCAAUUUGAAAAUGAAAAUAAUAAUAAUAAUAAUAAUAAUAAUAAUAAUAAUAAUAAUAAUAAUAAUAAUAAUAAUAAUAAUAAUAAUAAUAAUAAUAAUAAUAAUAAUAAUAAUAAUAAUAAAUUUGAUAAAUCAUUUUAUGGUAAUACAUUUAAUCAAGUUAGUCAAGUUGGUAUUGAUAAACUUCAGUCAUUGGGUUAUGAUGGAUAUGGUGUUACAAUUUUAAUGUUGGAUUCUGGUUUUUAUAAAUCACAUGAAGCUUUUGAUCAUUUAAAUAUUAUUGCUGAGCAUAAUUUUAUUGAUGGUAGUAAUAAUACUCAAGGUGAAAUGGAUGAUACUCAAAAUAGUCAUGGUACUGCUACACUUUCAACAAUUGGUGCCUAUAUGCCUGGUGUUAUGGUUGGUGCUGCCUAUAAUGCUUCAUUUAUAUUGGGUAAAACUGAAAUAGUUAGUGUUGAAAGUAUCAUUGAAGAGGAUUAUUGGAUUGCUGGUAUUGAGUGGGGUGAAGGAUUGGGUGCACAGUUGGUUUCAAGUAGUUUAGGUUAUACUCAAUGGUAUAAUUAUUAUGAUUUAAAUGCAUCAGUGGCUCAUAUUACAAUGAUGGCCGAUUUUGCAACUACAAAAGGUAUGGUUGUGGUGGUUAGUGCUGGUAAUAGUGGUAACAAUGGUAUUGGUGCUCCUGCUGAUGGUAAGCAUGUUAUUUCAGUUGGUGCAAUGAUGAAUGAAACUGGUAUCAAUACAAGUUUCUCUUCAAUUGGUCCAUCCGCCGAUGGUAGAGUUAAACCUGAUAUUAUGGCAUUGGGUUACAAGAAUUUCGUUGCAAGUUAUCAUGGUAGAGUCAAUUAUACUCUAAUGAGUGGUACAAGUUUUGCUUGUCCAUUGGCUGCAAGUGGUAUUGCAUUAUUAAUUCAAGCACGUCCAAAUUGGUCAAAUAAACAAAUUUAUGAAGCCGUUUUAGGAUCGGGUUCAAAUGCAUUUUCUCCAAAUUCAAAGAUUGGUUUCGGUACAUUCAAUGCCUAUAGUGCUUUCCAAUAUAAACCAACCACUGGAUCAUGCUCAGAAAUUGGUUGUUCAGGUCAUGGUGGUUGCUGUAAUGGAAAAUGUACUUGUUCACCAGAUUACUAUGGAGAGUUUUGUCAAUAUCAAAAGAUUGCCUGUUCAAGUGAUUGUCGUUAUCGUCAUGGAAAAUGUCAAUUUGAUAAAUUUGGUUUAUCUGUAGUUUGUACUAGUACAAAUAGUAGUUUUUACUCUAAUGACGAUCCAAGAGAUACAUGUAGAAUUUGCACUGGUGCUAGUUUUGAUAUGUGUGGCGUUUGUGGUGGUUCAAAUCAAUGUCUUUCAAAUAAUGUAAAUCAUUGUAUUUUUGGUGGUAAUGGUCCAAAUCAAUGUAAAUCAAUUGUUUUAGAGGAGAAUAUAAAUGCAACUUCAUAUAAAAAUAUUAAAUUAUUAGUUGGUCUUAGUGUUGGUUCAAUAGCUUCUGUCUUAUUUAUUGUCUUUUCUGUUAUCCUUAUAAAGAAAAAGAAAUUUAAUCCAUUGUUAGGUGGACAUUAUAAACAUUCCAAUCAAAAUGAACAACAAAUCAUUCUUCAAAAUGAUUUUUCAAUUGAUGAAAAUGAAUUAAUAAAUUAA